AAAUCAAGAAACACAGCCAAGAGCAAAAAUGAAAACACAACAUCUGAAGACUCGACAGAGACUAUUACUGCUUUAAAAAGCCAAGAAAUUCAAGAACCUGUUAUAGAUAUUGAGAUACCAACAGACAGCAGCAUAACAAGAAUGGAACACACAGCUUAUGAAGACAAUCAAUUAGAAAACCUUGUUAAUAAUAUCAAGCAGAUGAAUGAAAAUACAGUAUUACAAACAUCAGAAGAAGGGCUUUUAAAUAUCAAGAAGCAAAAACAAAAUUUUGCCUUUAAAAACAUAUCAGAAUGGCUCCUAGCAUUCAAAGCAUACAUGGAUGAAGUUCUUAUAAUUUAUGAUAACUGGGAGCAAGAAUUGAACUCAUAUAAAGAUCACAUAAAUGAAUUAUGUAUCAGAUACAAAUUUUCAGCUAUAAUGGGAUAUAAUGAGGACUGCAGAGUUGUAUUGGUUAUGAAUCAGAACACAACAUUAACAGACAGAGACAUAGAGGCUGAAGGUAAAAAUCUCAAUACUACAGCUGUGAAAAGAAUUAAAGAAGAAUAG